UGACUGAGUGUCGUUGUGGCUAGUCGUUGUCGUGUCGUUUAACGAGCUAACUCGAUUUCGAAAUUAAGUAUCUGAAUCACCGGUGGCGCUGAGUCAACUAGUUGUGUUUCGAACUGUGAUGUUAAGCUAAACCCUCGAGUGACCCUGGACUUCAUGUUAUGCACGCGAUGAGUGAUCCAUCAGCUUUGGCUGGCAUGUUGCCUUUUGAUUCUAUUGGACUGUACGAGCAGCCGAAACCGAGGUUUAUAUUUAAGAUGCCCCGUGUAGUUCCUGAUCAAAAAGGAAAAUUCGAAUCAGAUGAUCUCUUCAAACGACUGAGUAGAGAAAGCGAGGUACGAUAUACCGGGUAUCGCGACAGGCCACCAGAGGAGCGACAGAUGAGAUUCACGAGUGGCUGCCGUGAGGGUCACACAGAAAUCGCCUUCACAGCCACCGGCACCAAUCUACAGCUAAUGUUCGAUCACUCGCCGUACAACAAUCGUGGCUGCGACUUUCAGAAGGAAAACGGCAAGGCUCACAUUGUGUCUCGGUUCAUAAUGAACGGAGUGUGCGUCCGAUGGCGAGGCUGGAUCGACUUGGAGCGCUUAGACGGCGCCGGAUGUCUGGAGCUGGAUGAAGAGCGUGCCGCAAUAGAAGACGCAGCGUUACGUGAACAAAUAGAACGGUACAACCAGAGGCUGCGUGACUUCGAGGACAAACAGCGCGCAUACCGUGAACACGGUGACGAAUUACGCGCUCAUUCUCAUGCGCACGCGCAACGCUGUCACCAAGGACGUCCGUCACAUGCUGCACAUCCACCACACCCCCACCCGACACAUCCUGUGCAUAUCAAACCACAUUCACAGGGAGCACUUAUCUCUUAAAUUCUUCUUCUAAAACUAUGGACAUUCAUUUUCAAUAUAAAUGUGACAUUUGUCAAGUCUCACUGAUUUAAGAAGUCUCGGUGACGAGAAGAAAAAUUUCGCUAAGUACUGAUGAUAUAUCACAUAACCUAAUGACAAAAUUUGUCACAUGGAAUUUUACUUGCAUUCGAAUAUGCGAAAUAACUGAUGAAAUAUCGCGUUUGACCGAGUGACAAAAUUAAUCAUUAGGAUUUUACUACAUUCAAAUAUGCGAAAUAGUUAAAAUAUCUAUUCCUUGGUAGAGCGAACAACAGAAGAUUGUAAGCGCAUUUAAAAAGAACCUUUUGAAUAUACUCUUAAAAAUAUAAGUUUAUUUAGCUAAUGCCAAUGACAUUUUCACCAAAUAGGUACACGAUGUACUUUAUGUAUACCUACGUAUAAUUAAGUAAACAGUCAUUUGUUUUUGAAAAUAUUAACAUAAAAAGAUAUGUUGCAAUGUUAGUUGUAAGAAGCAUCUUGAAAUAAAAGUAACCUAGUUCAGUGUAGGUAUUAUUGUUAUCGUUUUGCCUAACAUACAUACUAAAUAUUUGAAAACUAGCUACAUUUAUUAUGU